CCGGAGGGUUCGGGACAAUGGGGCACCCGGGUGGUCCGGCGGGCACCGGGGGCUUCGGGGCACUGGGGAGUCUGGGGGUCCCAGCGGGACUGCCGUGCACACAUGGGGGUCUGGGCUGAUGUGCCACGGGGAUGGGGGCGGGUCAGGGGGGAGCCCGGGCCGGGGUCCUGUGGGGGCUGACAUGCACCGGGUGUCUCAGAGGGGCUGAUGAGCACCGCGGGGGCCGGGGCAGAGGCAGGCGGCGGUCCCGAGGGAGGAGGGCACGGCGAGGAGCAGCCCUGGGGCCCGUGGGACGUCCCGGGUCGGGAACCGCGCUUGGUGCUCCCGCGGUCUCUGGGCAGGGGUGUGGGGUGUGCCGGGGAGGGCGACGGGACGGGACGGGGUGCGGGGGUGGGCGGGGGGCAGCGCGGGGGCUGACGGCCCCUCCAGGCUCCUGGGUGGAGCUGCGCUAUGGCCCAGGCUGCCCCGAGCCGGCACCCUCGCCGUUCUCCUGCCACGCUGACGUGGAGCGGAUGCUGCUGGAAGCCCAGCUAGAGACGGAGAGCGGGGACGGGGCCCUGCUCGCGCUGGACACUCCAGCCUGGGAUGACAGUGGAGCUGGGCAGGCGAGCGAGCAGUCAGGGGAGAGUGAGGUCCUUCCUGCACACAGCCAGCCCCCACCGGGCUGCCCCCACCCCCAGCAGGGGGAUAUGCUGGAGGAAACCAAGUGGAGACAGCGACUCCUGCCAGCGUCCCUGGGCUGGGCCUGUACCCGCUGCCCCCGGUACCUGUCUCCAAAGGAAUUUGCCUUUGUGUGCUCCCCCCAGCCUGUGCUGUGGAGCCUGCAGGGAGGUGCAGUGGGGAGGAAGAAGAGACUUUUCAGUUCAGAGCUGCUGCUGCUCUUCAUCCCCUCGCUGCUGCUCAGCCACCUCCUGACCCUGGGGCUGGGGAUCUACAUUGGGAAGCACCUGGCAGCCACCUCGGCCAACCCCCUGUGAGGAGCCCUGUGCUGCCCCGCUCGGUGUGCAGGGGGAGCCCGGCACCUGCACAGCCCGACCGCUCCCAGGCUCCAUGUCUGUGGCACGAGGUGCCGCCUCCCCGGGUACCUCCUGUAGCCCCCACCUUGGGAGCUGAUCCCCCUCUCCCACGUAGACAGGAACCUGCUGACAGCAGCACCCAGCCGCAGGCAGCCCCUGCCCUCCCCAGCCCCUGGUUACGGGUCCAGGUCCCCUGUAACACAGACUGUAAAUAUGACUGAGCCCAUGUCAAUAAAGAGCCCUGUUCCAGCUUGGGGGCCCAGCAGUGA